AUUUGUAUACGAGCAAGGAGCGAGAGAACCAAGUUGGCAAUCCUAUGACGAAUGCAAUUGUACUCGAAUGGAAUCACCAUGUUGGAUGACGGGUGAGAAAGAAGUCAUGCUCUGCCAACUGUAUAGCUGAAUAACUAUCACAGUUCAAUGGGACUGGAUAGUCUAAUAUGGCCUAGAAAGUUUUUCCCCUUCAGAAGCACAAGCUAUCUAAUUCAGUGCCCCUACCACUAUCCUUUUUGUUACAAAGACUGGAUAAAACAAUGUGCCCCAAUCCCAUUGAUUCUUGGUUUUGGUGGAAGUAGCCCCUCACGUACUAUUUCUGGGAGCAAUAGGAAAGCAAGACUUGUGGCCGAGGAGGUACUGCUCUUAACUCCUGUGAAGAAAGCUAGAACAGGUAAAACGAUUAAACUCAUCAAUGGAACUUUUUUACUAUUAUAUCAAUUUUAGCAUUUUACUGAGGAAGAAAGGUUUUUCGCUACAACACUUGGAUAGAAGUAUUCCAGCCCUCUUAGCAUCAUCAAUGGAACUUUUUUACUACUUUUUGGGUUCAGCUUUUUGUCUUUAUUCAGUUCAUAUUGAACUUUUGAACUUUUACAAUUGUGAUUUCAUGUUGCUUUGUAUAGUUUACUUAUACAUACUCAUAUUGCUUUGAACUUUUGCACAUUUCUCAUAUUUUAUGUUUUAUCAUUGUAAUUGAGUAAAUGGCAUAAGAAGAAUAGGAAAUGGAGCAAAAUGCUGCAAAAUUGUUGUAGUUUCACAAGUGUUGGUCGAAUUGAGCAAGCCAGUUUUGAGGACUCGUAACAUGAACUAGAAGUCUCCAUUUGGAAUGAACAACAUAUGCUUGCGAAGCCCUAACUGAGAACUAAAACUGCCAUGAAUCACACUUCUACAAAAUCAGUUCAUAAAUGCGUAAACAAUGCAGUUGAAAUCUCAGCUGUCAGAACUAAAUAAUGAAGUUUGCAGAACAUCAGCAACUCUCAGGCAGAUUUCAAAGACCAUAACUUGAUUUCCAAAACUCAGAUUUGGAAGUUCUUUAUAUCGUUGCGAAGCUCAAAGAGAGAGCCAACUCUGUCAUGAAGAACAUUUCUCCGAAUUCAGGCUUUUCAGUGGCCAAAAAUGCAGUUGAAAAUAUGUUGUCAGAACUGAUAAACAAAAAUCUGCAGACUUCAGCAACACUCUGUCAACUUCCAGAGAGCAUAACUUGAAUUUCAGACCUUGAAUUUAGAAAUUCUUCAUAUGGUUGUAUAGCUGGAAGAGAGGGCUACAACUUCUCUUCAGAAUUCAAAUCCAAAUUUUGGCUAGAAAUGGACAAAACAGUGUAAUGAAACAUGUUACCCAGUUCUAAAAAAAUGAAAUCUCAGCAAACAUGAAGAAAUGGACAUGAAUGCAAGAAUCUUCAAUUUGAAUUGGAAAUCAAUCAAAAAGGGCUGGAAUUCAAUGAAAAAAGCAAUUGGAACCCCAAGGAAGGAAAACUCAUCAAUUCCAGCAGUUGUAUCAGGCAAAUCCGACAAGGAAUUAGUGGCGACCAAAACUUUUUCCGGCGAGAAAGAAGCAAAUGGCAACCACAUGAAGAUGCAAAAAUUCAGCCCAAAUCGAGCAAUAUAAAUUGGAGGUUUCAGAGAGGUGAACGUUUGGCAAAAGUCCGGUGAAGAUUAGGCAGCUAGAUCUCGAGUUUGUUGUGUCAGAAUUAUGGCGGCGAUGGCCGGAAUUGGAGCUGCAGCCUGGCUGGAAAGUCUGAUCGAAGAGGAAGUUGAAUAACUUCCAAACAUUGCACAAAAGUCCCCGCGUCCAGUGACCCUUGCAACUAAAGGCUUCCGGUCUUCAUUUGGGCCCCAAAUGUUAUGAAUAUUGCGCAAAGCAGACUAAAAGUCCAGCGAUUCUUCGCUUUGAAGGACGGCUAAUUGCUCCUACUACUUUCCUGCACUUAAACUUUUGAUCCAACGUCCCCAUUCCCUAUAAAUACUACUUUGUACACAAAUUUAAAAACUUUUGUCUCAUUUUUCAGC